AAUACUUCCUCGUUGGAGCUUCGAUAAGUUGUUUCUGAAACGGGUCGCCCAAGAUUCGUCUGUAGAUCGUUGGGAAUCUGGUUACAGGCGAACUUGGCAAAAGCCACACUGAAUUUUCGAAGGUGGCAAGAGCCGUGUGCGUUUUGUGGUCGCCUACUUUCUAUUCAUGAAUACCUCGGACAGCGAAGACGAUUCCUACAACGAGAGGACCGCUCUGGUCCAGUCUGAAAGCCCGUCUUUACCCUCUUACAACCAUACAUUACCCCAGAACACGGAGCCCAAGAGGCGACGGCAGGUCGCUGCCGACCACAGCGGGGAAGCGGAGAGAGCGUCACCCACAGACGUUGAGGAUGAGGAGCUGACCCUAAAAUAUGGGGCCAAGCAUGUGAUCAUGCUGUUUGUGCCCGUCACCCUCUGCAUGGUGGUCGUCGUGGCAACCAUCAAGUCCGUCAGCUUCUACACCGAGAAAAACGGGCAGCAACUGAUUUACACCCCCUUCACUGAAAACACAGACUCUGUGGGUCAAAGGCUGCUCAAUUCCUUCCUCAACACCAUCAUCAUGAUCAGCGUCAUUGUGGUCAUGACCAUAUUCCUUGUCGUUCUGUACAUAUACCGCUGUUACAAGUUCAUUCAUGGGUGGUUAAUCCUGUCCUCCUUGCUGCUGCUCUUCUGGUUCAGUUUCAUGUACCUUCUUGAGGUGUUUAGGACGUACAAUGUGGCUAUGGACUACCCAACUCUAGUGAUGAUCAUCUGGAACUUCGGGGCAGUGGGAAUGGUGUGUAUCCACUGGAAAGGUCCUCUUCAGCUCCAGCAGGCCUAUCUCAUCAUCAUCAGCGCUCUCAUGGCCCUCAUCUUCAUCAAAUACUUGCCUGAGUGGUCUGCCUGGGUCAUACUGGGAGCCAUCUCCGUAUACGAUUUGAUAGCUGUUUUGUGUCCCAAGGGCCCAUUGAGAAUGCUAGUGGAGACGGCACAAGAGAGAAAUGAACCCAUAUUCCCUGCGCUCAUAUACUCAUCUGCCAUGGUUUGGAUGGUAGGAAUGGCCCGUCCGUCUACAGCUCCGCAGUCAGCCAACCGAGACACGGAUGAGGAAGCGCCACAAAACGAUGAGGGCGAGGCUUCAGAGAACGAGGGGGCGGAGCCUGAGAGCGCCCCGUUCCGUGGAAUAAGCAGAAGCAAUUCAGGGGAGGAGGAGCCAGAGGAGGACCGAGGAGUUAAAUUAGGGCUGGGGGAUUUCAUUUUCUACAGCGUACUGGUGGGGAAAGCCGCUGCCACAGGAGGCGACUGGAAUACCACCCUGGCUUGUUUUGUGGCCAUUCUCAUUGGACUGUGCCUAACCCUCCUGCUCUUGGCCAUUUUUAAGAAAGCCCUGCCCGCUCUGCCUAUCUCCAUCACCUUCGGACUGGUCUUUUAUUUCUCCACCGACAACCUGGUGCGUCCUUUUAUGGACACCUUGGCGGCCCACCAGUACUAUAUCUGA